AUGGAGUCUGGAGCAGCAGGACAGCAUGCGGUGUCCCCAGAUAAUGUCCCAGAGGAUCUGACUUUCAACCUCGUCAUCCUGUGGCUCACAGAGGUCCUCAGCCUGGGCGGCCUGCUGGGGAACGGUGUGGUCCUGUGGCUGCUGAGCUCCUACGUCUAUGGGAAUCCCUUCGCCAUCUACCUUCUGGAUGUGGCCUGUGCCGACCUCAUCUUCCUCGGCUGCCACAUGGUGGCCAUCAUCCCUGACCUGCUGCCUGGCCAGCUGGACUUCCCGGGCUUACUGCAGGCCAUCCUGGCCACCCUGAGGUUCUUCUGUUACCUGGUGAGCCUGAGCCUCCUGGCAGCUGUCAGUGUGGAGCAGUGUCUGGCUGCCCUCUUCCCAGCCUGGUACCCAUGCCGCCGCCCACGCCACCUUGCCACCUGCGUGUGUGCUCUGGCCUGGACCCUCGGCCUGGUGCUGCAUCUGCUGCUUAGUGGUGCCUGCACCCAGCUCUUCUGGGAGCCCAGCCGCCAUGUGUGCAGGGCACUGUGGCUGGCGGCGGCUGCCUUGCUGGCCACCCUGUGUUGCACCAUGUGCGGGGCCAGCCUGCUCCUGCUGCUGCGGGUGGAGCGCGGCCCGCAGUGGCCCCAGCUGCGCGGCUUCCCCGCCCUGGUCCUGCUGGCCGUCCUCCUUUUCCUCUUCUGCGGCCUGCCCUUCGGCAUCUACUGGCUGUGCUGGAACCUUCACUGGCACACCCCACGCUCCUUCUACCACUUUAGCUUCCUCACAGCAGGGCUGCACACCGCUGCCAAACCUGCCGUCUACUUCUGCCUGGGCAGUGCCCCAGGCCACCGGCUGCACCAGCCCCUCCGUCUGGUCCUUCGUCGAGCGCUGGGGGACGAGGCUGAGCUGGGGGCUGGCAGGGAGACCUCCCGUCGGGAUCUUGUGGACAUAACAGCCUGA